AUGGAUGAGAAAAAUGUUGUGCAAAUUGGAGAAGGUGGUUUCGGAAGAGUUUUGCUGCUCGAAGACUAUAAUCCACCCUAUGUGAUGAAAGAGGUCGCUCGCGGGAAAGACAUCGACGCUCAGCAGAAAGAGUUGCUCAUUUUGAAGGAGUUGACACACAAAUAUAUCGUCAAAUAUCUCGAUCAACCAAUUAUGAAAAACUUUGAAAUCAACUAUUCUGUGUUGACAAUCGUCAAAUGGGCACAAGAAAUCUUCACGGCUUUAUGUUAUUUGAAAGAACAAUGCAUUGCUCAUUGUGACAUAAAACCGGAAAAUAUUUUCGUCAAUUAUGACUUUAUUUGUAAACUCAUCAAAAAAAAGGAGAUCGUUGACGGGAAAAUCGCUAAGAUUCGUGUGAAAAGC